UCUCCCGUAUUUUCAGUAUAUCUCCCGGUCUCCCACCGGAACAUGAAAACCUCCCGUAAAAAAAUAAAAUUCAGAAAAAAAGUCCUCUGUCGAAAAAUCGUAUCUCCGACCCAAUGUAGACCUUUAGAAAAUACUUGAAAUUCAAUAUCGAGUAGCCUGGAAAUACUCUUCAGACAUAAUUUUCAUAGUUGUCUAUAAUCCCUAGCUUGUUUUGCGAGAGAUACACGCCUGAGGCAUUAAUUAUCUUACCACCUACUGUCGCCAUCUGCAAACAAUUAACCAUUUAAUCUUACCCGUAGGCAAUUGUAAACAUGUGCAUGCGAGAUUUUAGACUGAUUCAAUAACAUCAAAGCCACUGAUCCGUAGUUUUUUAAAACAAUAUGUAAACCAGUCUUAAAAUUACGUCAUUUUACCGCCACCUGCCAAAGUGUACUUUUGUUUUCGCUGACCUCAAUAUUUAUCGGGAAACACUCUUUUCCCAUAUUUAUCGAGCCAUCAGAGGAUGAGACAGAGAUAUUGGUUGCCUUGAUGAAGUCAGGUGACCAGACUGGUUCUACUUCACCACCAUUAGAGCAUGAGAUCAGUGUCACCCAGGAGAUUGAUAGCGACUGGGAGGAAGAUCUGAGUCAUGAGGAGGAAGAUACUGCAGGAGAAGAUUCUGGUGAAGAAUCUUUGAACAACAAACUAUAUAUAUCCACAGUUACACAGAAAGAAUUUAUGAACCAGCAUUGACUUCACAGCCUACGUCUGAACCUGCUAGAGAAGUUACUGCAGUACCUACCCAAGGUCUCAGCACAAGGUAGAGUUGCUGCUAUUCCAUUCAUGCAGUUGAAGAAGAUAGGAGACAAUGUUCAAGGUGUGUUUACAACCACAUUUGAUGCUGCAUGGAACACCACACUAGCCGAGUAUAUGAAGACACAGAGAACACCAUUUGUCAAAAAACAAGCAAGAAAAUUACUUCUGUUUAUUAGUGGAUCAAGGGACAGAUACAGAGAGAUAUGUGACCUUUACUCUAUAGAGAACAACCUGAAUGCUGUCAUUGAACAGUGUAACAAGAGGGCACUUUCCACUACUGAGCUUGCUCCACACAGUGUCAUACUGCCAUAUGACUCUCUACUUGUUCUUUUUCAGACCAGGACUUUGGCACAAGGCCAGAAAGAUGACACUAACUGCAGGCCACACAGAUGUCAAGGUUGAGUUUCGAAUUCCUAUAGUGGCGUGUAAUCUGAUGAUAGAAUAUGCUGAUCUCUGUGACAACCUUCAAGCUACCAGUGAGACAUUACAGUGUCCACGCUGCAGUGCCUCCAUCCCAGCUAACCCUGGAGUUUGCGGUAACUGCGGGAAAGUGUGUUCCAGUGUCAUAAAUGCAGAGCCAUUAAUUAUGAUGAGAAAGACCCGUUCCUGUGUAAUGCCUGUGGCUUCUGUAAAUAUGCCAAGUUUGAUUUCACCCGCACAGCCAAACCAUGUUGUGCUGUAGAUCCUAUUGAGAAUGAAGAAGACAGGAAGAAGACUAAAACAACCAUAAAUUCGCUGUUGGAGAAGGCAGACUGAAUCUAUAAACAGUUACAACUGCAUCGUCCAGCACUGGAGAACCUGGGGAUCCAGGUAGCUGAGCACAGCACUGACAGACCAGAAGAUGGUGGUGGACAGUGGGGAGGAGUGCCAGGAUCAGCUGUGAAUAAAUCUAUACAACAUCUAGCCCUGAAAUACUGUGGAGAAAGCAAAUCUUCUUUUGACGAACUCAGCAAAAUUAUACAGAAAGUGUUAGCAUGUAGAAAGGAGCUGGUAGACUAUGACAGACAACAGAGACAGGCUGUAGACACCAGCAGUUCCCCUGUCACCAGCCCUAGAGACCCACCUGUACUUAAACAAACUUAAAGAAAGCUGAAAAGUUCAGUGUCAAGCCAAGCAAUUGUUUUGGAUGUGGAAGUGCAGCUGUGGAACACUGUAUAACAUUGUUACAAGCCCUUGUCACCAACAUCAACCUUAGACAUGUACUCUGUAGUCAGGGUAUGAUUCAGGAGUUGAUAGAUUUCAGCCUUCGCCGAGGCACACUACAUGUAAGGUCAGAGGUCAGAUCCCUGCUCUGCCUACUGAUCAAAGACAACAGGUGUGGAACAGAGGAAAUGAACAACAUUAUAAUGACUCAUACAUCAGCAGCAGUCAAAGGACAUUUAUCCAACCCAGAUCUUGGUUCUUCUGUGAGACAUGAGAUACUGUUGCUGGCUAACUCCCUUAAACAAGAAGAUACAUGUUGGGAAUUCAGGGUGAGAUGUGUGAUGCGACUCUUCCUGAUGGGAAUCCAGCUGAAACAACCGGUUAUUAUGGAAAGUGUGACAUUACCCUGUCUAAGGAUACUCCAACAUCUGAUUAGACCUGACAAGUCACAGAUAGCUAAGGAUGGUAGCCAGGAAGAACCCCCUGUCAAUGUAGUGAUGGCCUUACCUCCUAAGUUACAUUUGAACAGUGCAGAGUGGUUGGCUGGAAACCAGAACUGGCGGAAAUGUCUGCCAGUCCAACAAGCGCAGCAGACCACACCAACAGCAGAGAAGAAGGAAGAAAUUACUGAGAAACAAUCAGAAAAAGAUAAAUGUGUUGAGAAGACUGAAGCUCGGGCUCGUUAUCUUGAGGAGAAAUAUGCCACUAGGUGGCGUACCAAGAUGUGGAAGGUUCCUGGUGUUCCAUUGAAGCUGACACAAACAACUUGGCUGCAGCAGGCUAUAUUCUCACCAUCGUCCCAGUCAGCAAGACAGACAGCAACCAGGGUGAUUGAGUAUAUAGCACAGGUUCCAUCUAGGAAGAAAGAAAUUGUGGACAUGCUCACAGGGUGUUUGGAUCAGGCGGGCAAGGCUGGAGAAUGUGCCCAGGAGUUCCUAUCCCUCUAUGGUAGGAUUAUACAACCAACCCACAGGAAACAUUACCUUGCUAUCAAGGGGGUGUUACUCAAACUUGGAGAUCUGAUCACCAAGGAGGUGGAGAAACUACAGUACCUUGAGGAGACAACACUGAGUUCUGAUCUGGCACAAGGUUUUGCUCUAAAAUCUGUCACAUAGUUACUGUCCCUGUUUGUUCAACAAAAGGAGAUAAAGCAGCACUACAAGAAUAGACUAUUUGGUUACGUCCUUAAUGGAUAUCUCUCAUUGAAGAAACUUCUGUUGCAGAGAACUAAAUUGAUAGAUGAGACACAGGAUAAACUGUUAGAGCUCCCUGAGGAGCUUACUACAGGUACAGAGUCUGAGACAAAGGAAUUUAUUCAAGUGUGUGUACAGACUAUACAGAAAUAUCCGCUAGAUGACAAAGUGUCACCUGUUUUCAUAUUUGAGCGACUGUGUAGCAUCAUCUUUCCAAAGGAGAAUGAUGUUGGUGAUUUCUUCA